ACUCAGUCGCUUCUGUUUUCCUGAUGCUGGAAGGUGGAAGAGGAAGAGGAACAGCACGAUGGAGGAGUCCGAAAUACUGAAAUUCAUCUGCGCCAAUCAGGGAGCAGUAAACACCGAUGAAUUAAUUUAUAAUCUAAAUCCUGGCGAUUCCACAGAUAUUUCGGAGAUUAUUGUUAAAAAUGAUCAAUUUGCUUUGUGCCAUCCCUUUGGGCAGCCGAAGGUGGUGGCCCGGACCGGCCUGAAGCUGUGCAGAGCCAGAGACUGUCAGGGGUCCUGCAAGGGCUUACACCUGUGUAAAAACUUCCUCUUCAGCGGAACCUGCAAAUUCACUCAGUCCAGGAGAGGAUGCAGCUUCUCCCAUGAUAUGCACUCUGACGCCAAUCUGGGGAUACUGAUUGAGCAUGAGCUGGUGAGUCUGAGCAGGACAGAGCUGUGCACACUCCUGCUGCAGAGCGACAACACGCUCCUGCCUCAGAUAUGUCACGAUUACAACAAUGGUGAGGGGUUGCACGGCCGGUGUCAGGAAGGUGACAGUUGCAAGAGACUGCACAUCUGUGAGAGAUACGUUAUCAACGACUGCAACUGCUACAGGACUCAUGAUUUUGGUGCUCCACAGCCAUUAAAAACCUUGCAGGAUAAAGGCGUGCCCGACCAUCUCUUUCGCUCCUUGAAGACAACUUAUGCAAAUAAAAAAGCUUUGUGGUUCUUGGUCAAAAGGGGUGAUAGGGGCAAUGAUGGAGUGAAAGAGGGGGAAUGUGAUGGGAACAAUCCAAUGGCUGCCAGAGGGAGAGGUGGUUACCGGGGCAACAGAGGCAAUAGAGGCAACAGAGGCAACAGAGGCAACAGAGGCAAUAGAGGGAACAGGGGAAAUAGAGGUAACAGGGGCAACAGUCAAGAGCAGCAACUAACCUGUUCCACUAAUGACCUCCUGGCUGCACUCGGUUCCAUGAGUGUGAUCAGCGGUUGGGAUCCAAAUGACGACAACGGUGAACAGCAGCAAGACUUUUCCACCAGUGACGUCUAUGGUGCUGCCAAUGACAGUGAUGCGAGCAGCGACUAUGGUUCCAACAGAAGGCAAAUGAAGAUUCCGAAUAAAACUUCCGGUGCUUUCAGAGAGAGAGGUGGUCAGGGCAACAGAGGUAACAGAGGUAACCAUCAACAGCUGCAACGCAACCGUUCCACCAGUGACAUCCUAGCUGCUGUCAACGCCGCAGAUGACGGGCCAAACAGGAGAUACGGAGAAAGGCCUGUCAGAGAUAAAACUGAGAUAUGUAUGUACUUCAUCAAAGGACACUGUAAACAUGAAGAGCGCUGUUUUAAGCAUCAUGACAAGAUGCCGUACAGGUGGCAGAUCAGAGAGGGUGACCAGUGGACCAACUUACCUGAUAACGAAACGAUUGAAAAGGACUACUGUGAACCUCAAAACUCAUACAGUUCCACCAGUCUACCUGUGUAUUUUGACGCGAUGACCCGUGGGGUGAACCAAGUGCGACGACUCUCUACCGUUAACUCUUUAAAGGAGCCGACCUUUAUCCACACCACGGAAUGGGUUUGGUACUGGGAAGAUGAGUCUGGAAAGUGGAACCUGUAUGCUUCAGCUAGUGGUGGACACAACCCAGCAGACAUGGACAGUGCUAAACUGGAGGAGAAAUUUCUGGCAAAUAACAAAGAUGUGGUGGAGUUCACCGCUGGUUCACAGUCGUAUUCACUCAGUUUCCAAGACAUGAUACAAACAAACAAGCGGUAUGGCACUAAGAGGGUUGUGAGAAGACGGCCUCGGUUUGUUUCCGCAGCAGAUGUCCGAACAGCGAAAAAGAGAAGGCCUCUGGUUCAACCAAGUUUCACUGCUAUACCAGACCACUGGGACAAGACACAGAUUCCUGAAACAGGAUACAAGAGUGUUUCCCUCAACCGCUCCUUAGAUGAAUACAAGGUGAUUGAAGCUCUUUUUUGUACAACAAUGAGAGGAUUUGCCAUCGUCAAAAUUGAGAGGAUUCAGAACAAAGCUCUUUGGGAAGUCUAUCAGUGGCAGAAGAAUCAAAUGAAGACAAACAGUGGCCCUAAUGUGACAGAGAAAAAGCUUUUUCAUGGCACUGACUCUCAAUAUGUACCUGCCAUCUGCAAGACCAACUUUGACUGGAGAAUCUGUGGAACUCAUGGAACCGCUUUUGGCAAAGGUAGUUACUUUGCCCGGGAUGCCAAAUACUCCCACAACUACACUGGUAACUCUGAUGUUCUGAAGUCCAUGUUCAUCUCACGGGUGCUGGUUGGGGACUACACCAGAGGGUCCUCCAGCUACGUCCGACCUCCUUCUAAGGAUGGCGGGGACGUGAACUUCUAUGACAGCUGUGUAGACGACGUUACAAACCCUUCCAUCUUUGUUGUGUUUGAGAAGCACCAGAUCUACCCUGAAUACCUGCUGCAGUACAAGAAUGCCCACCCACUUGACCCAUUAUAUGGUGCAUCGCCUGCGCCUGCGCCCGCGCCUGCGCCCGCGCCUGCGCCCGCGCCUGCGCCCGCGCCUGCGCCCGCGCCUGCGCCCGCGCCUGCGCCCGCGCCUGCGCCUGCACCUGCACCUGCACCUGUCAUGGUACCAGCACCAGCACCGAAACCAAGACCAGUACCAGCACCAAGACCAGUUGCCCAACCCAGCACACCAGUUUAUCAACCCAGCACAUCAUUUUAUCAACCCAGCACAGCCUCAUACCAACCCCCCCACAUCAACUUACAAACCCAGCACAGCCUCAUACCAAACCCCCACAUCAACUUACCAACCCAGCACAGCCUCAUACCGAUUCCAGCCCCCGUCUUACCAAUCCAGACAAUCUUCUCCACCUCCCCCACCAAUCCCAGCCCGAAAGAAACAGUCUGAUUCCUGUGUCAUUGCUUAGGAAUAAUGGUUACAUGGAACACUUUGGAUAAUUAGGUGAUUUGAUUACAUAUAGUAAUAAUAUCUACUAAAGUGUGCAAUGCAUGGCUUUUAUGCAGAAUAUGACAAUGUAAUUUAAAGUGCCUAUUUAUGUGUAAUAAA